AUGGAUGACUCAAGAAUCCCGAAACGCUUUUUAUAUCUAUCUAUCUAUCUAUCUAUCUAUCUAUCUAUCUAUCUAUCUAUCUAUCUAUCUCUAAUACAUUUCGCCCAAGACUGUACCACUGUACAGUUCAUAUCUAUCUAUCUAUCUAUCUAUCUAUCUAUCUAUCUAUCUAUCUAUCUAUCUCUUAUACAUUUCGCCCAAGACUUUCAUCUAUCUAUCUAUCUAUCUAUCUAUCUAUCUAUCUAUCUAUCUAUCUAUCUAUCUAUCUAUCUAUCCCUAAGAGAGUUUGUGCAAGACUGUACUCUUCAUAUCUAUCUAUCUAUCUAUCUAUCUAUCUAUCUAUCUAUCUAUCUAUCUAGCUCCAAGACAUUUCGUCCAAGACUGUUCAUAUCUGUCCGGUUCACACUCCUCUCAAAUCACGGCCGGAACGCCUGCAUCACAACUCCCAACCGUCGACACGAGCGGAACGCCUGCAUCACAACUCCCAACCGUCGAGACGGCCGGAACGCCUGUAUCACAACUCCCAACCGUCGACACGACCGGAACGCCUGCAUCACAACUCCCAACCGUCGACACAACCGGAACGCCUGCAUCACAACUCCCAACAGUCGACUCGACCGGAACGCCUGCAUCUCAACUCCCAACCGUCGACACGAGCGGAACGCCUGCAUCACAACUCCCAACCGUCGAGACGACCGGAACGCCUGCAUCUUAACUCCCAUCCGUCGAGACGACCGGAACGCCUGCAUGUCAACUCCCAACCGUCGACACGACCGAACGCCUGCAUCACAACUCCCAACCGUCGACACUACCAGAACGCCUGCAUCUCAACUCCCAACCGUCGACACGAGCGGAACGCCUGCAUCACAACUCCCAACCGUCGACAAGACCGGAACGCCUGCAUCUCAACUCCCAACCGUCGACACGACCGGAACGCCUGCAUCUUAA